AUGAUCGACGAGCUGCGGCGGCGCGGACAUGAGACCGAAGUCAGCAGAGCCGCUAGCCCGGCCGCAGCCACUGACCUCGUGACAGUUGCUAGCCAGGCUGCAGUCGCCACCCGCAAAGGAAGCGGUAGAGAUUGGCUCUGUGGAGCCAUCGACGCGAUCUUCGAAAGUACCCGCUCUGGCAGCGGCUCCGCCGGCACGAACAGGACCGACAGCACCGCCGGCACCCCCAGCGAACGCCAGCGCGGGUCUCCAGCUCGCCCCCGUGGCGUAGUGGCGUACGUGCUGGAUAAUGGUGGCGGCCCUCAUAGCCAAGAGGAGCUGAACAAGUACAAGGAUGUGACUGGGACUCAGCUGUGGGCGCGAGUGGGGCAGCCUGUAAGCGGCGUGGUAGCCGUCUCUGCCGCGGACCGCAUAUCCGUGAGCAUUAUCAACUACCUGCAUCAAGGGACGUACAGACCCGGUGUGAUCUUCAGAAGCGGGGUCAUGGGUCCAGCCUUGCGCCGGAUCGGUGAGCAGAUGAUCGAGUACACAUACAUGCCGAUGCUGGUCCUCCGCCGGGCCGCUGCGCUAGAGCGGAUGAAUUGUUGCUACCCGCACGACGGCGGGAGCAACGGGUUCAAUUGCUUGCGCCGGGGGGGUGACGUGCACUGCACUCCUGGGUGCAGGCCCAAUGCUCUGCGUCACGUCCCGCUCGAGACCUGCCUGGCUCACUCGGAUGGCUUUUGGGGUUACAACGAGCUCGUUCUCGACGUGUGGCGAGACGGAGGGUGGGGAGCAGGAGCGGCGCUUGCGCACUUUGUCCAGGCGGUCGCGAUUGAUUCGCGGGCAAGCCGUGUCACUUUGGCGCUGGCUCGCGCCGUGCAGGACGCCGCUAGCGUCGCCGGGCUCCCCCUGCCUCUCCUCGAGUACAAUCCCGGCAAUGCGGCGGCGCCAUUCCGGGUUCUGCGCGCGCUGCCGGCUGAGUGA